CCAUGUGCAACUUUGUCUUGUGUAACUGUCUGGAUUGCUACAAUGUUUUAUGGUCAGGGAAGUCAAAAUGAUACAUAAAGGAGUUCUGUAAUGUACAAGCAUGUCUAAGCCUCUGUUCUUCAACUUCCCCUGGUGACUCAUGACGAUUAGGACGCUCAACCAAUGCCAAAUUUUCUGUUCACUGUCCCAGCAAGCGAAGCGGGUUGGAAGGAACACGAAGGAGAUCGUGGCGGAGUUCGAUUUUCAAUUGACAUUUUGAGCAUCUUUGUGGUUCUUCGUGUACUUAAUCAAAAUGAGGAGGAUCAUUUUACUGCUGCUUCUCUGCCACGCUGCGUCUGCAAUGAUUCACACUCUGAAGUAUUUCUACACUGCGUCUUCUCAAGUCCCAAACUUCCCAGAGUUUGUGGCUGUUGGGUUGGUUGAUGAAGUUCAGAUGUUCCACUAUGACAGUUACACCAGGAGAGCAGAACCCAAACAGGACUGGAUGAGCAGAGUCACAGCAGAUGAUCCUCAGUACUGGCAGAGACAGACUGACAUUGCUGUGGGUGCCCAGCAGACCUUCAAAGCCAACAUUGAGAUUUUAAAGCCACGCUUCAACCAAACUGGAGGUGUCCACAUUUUCCAGCAGAUGAGUGGCUGUGAGUGGGACGAUGAGACUGGAAAGGUUAAUGGUUAUUUUCAAGAUGGUUAUGAUGGAGAAGACUUUUUAGCAUUUGACAUUAACACAGAGACAUGGAUCGCUCCGAAACAUUGGGCUUUCAUCACCAAACAGAAGUGGGACAGUGACAAAGCUUUUAUAGCAAAUCUGAAGUCUUACCUCACUCAGAUUUGUCCCGACUGGCUGAAGAAGUAUGUGGACUAUGGGAGGAACUCUCUGCUGAGAAAUGACCUUCCCUCAGUGUCUCUCCUCCAGAAGUCUCCCUCCUCUCCAGUCAGCUGCCACGCUACAGGUUUCUACCCAAACAGCACCAUGAUGUUCUGGAGGAAAGAUGGAGAGGAGCUUCAUGAGGACGUGGACCACGGAGAGAUCCUCCCCAACCAUGAUGGAUCCUUCCAGAUGAGUAGUGACCUGGACCUUUCAUCAGUCCCACCUGUAGACUGGAGGAGGUACGACUGUGUGUUUCAGCUCUCUGGUGUGAAGGAGGACAUUAUCACCAAACUGGACAAAGCAGUGAUCAGGACCAACAGAGGUGACGCUGUGGCUAAAGGCAUCAUGUUUUCAGAAAAGCCCAGUGACAUGACCAUUCCCAUCAUUGCUGCAGUUGUUGUUCUUGCUCUUGUACUCAUCGCUGUCAUUGGAUUUGUGGUGUACAAAAGAAAGAAAGCUAAGUCCCCUCAACACAAGUCAAAGAUUUCUUCUUCAAGUGUCUCUUCUACAGAAAGUAGAAACAGCGACACACCAUUAAUCAAAGAGUCAGAGACGACUUCUUCAAGUGGCUCUUCUACAGAAAGUCUAAGCAGCAACACACCAUUAAUCAAAGAUUUGAGUGACAGUGUGAAGGGGAGGGGGAAAUCCACUCCGUAAGACAUUGGCAACACUGAAGUUUAUUGUCUGCAGUUUCUUCACAAUCUGUUAUCCAGAUACAAACAAAUGUGCCACCUCAUCACCAAAAUGGUUUGCAGAAUAUUCAUACUUACAUGGUCAAAAAGUCACAGAGCAUUGAGGCUUUAAAGCUGCAUUAAUCAGUAUUGCUACCACAUUCAAAAUACACAAAGAAGUUAUAGUUUCAAUUUAGAACGUGGCAUUUCUAAUCAAAUAUUUGUUAAAACAUUGGUAAAACAAACAAGGACAAUUAUUUUUGGAAAGAAGUAAAACACGAUAUUCAAAACAAUGAAAGAAUCGCAGCACUCAUACAUACAUACAUACAUACAUACAUACAUACAUACAUAUACAUCUUCAAAAAAAAGAAACAGUUACAGUUUGAUGCUUCUGCUGUUGGGGAUUUCUGGUCAUGGUUAAAUCAAUAUUGUUAAUACAAAUGUAUACAAAUUAUAUGUACUCAUGUAGGGUCUUGUGAUAUGAUGAUAAAAUCCUUGAGAUAAAAGAUAUUUUUCAACCAGUUAAGAUUUCUCUUUACUAUUUAUACUGAGCAAGUCAUUAUUUGGCUCUCUGGUUGUAUUAGAUCACUGAAGGCAAUACUGCAAAUUGAUCAGCAACAGUAGAAACAUGCUACAUAAACACUCUAAAUUCCCCUUAGGUGUCAGUGUGAAAGAUCAUCUAUCUGUGUUAUUGCUGCUGAUAAACUAUACUCCACCUCUCGCCCAUUGUACACUGGAAUUGACUUCAGUCCCCCACAACUCUGAACAGGAUGAACCAGAUAGGAAAUGUAUAGUUGGAGUUUUGUAUCACUGUGGUGAAUCAUAUAUAUCACAACAUGAAAUUACACAAACAAUAAUAGAUUUAAUCAGUGUUGUCCACCCUUAUGGACACACUUACACAAAUUAUAAGCAUCAAUACCACAAUUAUUUUUCAGUUGUGUAAAUAGUUUGUAUAUUUCUUUAAAAGUGCUAAGAUUUAAAGAUUUUGUUUUAAUUUCACUUAAGCAGAAACAAAUGUGAGGUUCUUAAUUAAUCUGGAGUGUGUUGUUUUUUUGUUUCAUUAUAUCUAUCUUUUGAUGUGUUUUAAGCUUCUCAGCACACUGAAAAAUGUUCUUGAAAAUAUUUGCUACUACUUUUUGGGGACAAGGGAUGUUUUCUCUCAAUACAAUACUAAGAAUUGUUGACAUAUAGAAAUUAAACAGUGAUACUGAAAAUUACUUCUUGUGUUGGUGAAGAAGAUGGAUGUUAGAUUAAGUUGCCCUGCUAAUGUAUUUCUUUUGAGAAUUUGUUUUGCUUUUCAAUAAAGUCCCAAAUAUUCCACA